AUGAGCAGUGAAAAGGCAAUUGAACUGACCGUCCUGAUCGACGCGACAACGCGCAGCCCAGAGUGGCAGGGCCAUGCUGGUGGAAAUCGCCAAGUUCAGUGCAGUCCACGUGAAGCAGGCUUACAACAACAGGUACCUGUCUAUAUUGUGAGCCGCGAUCGCGACUCUACCAUGCUUACCUCACGUAUCCGUGAGUUUGGCUUGCUUGUGUACGGCCUCGGGGAGCGCGAAACGCUCUUAUCCACCUACUAUCAGUUCAUUUACAUGGAGAACCUGGGGCCGAAUCCAAAAGCUAACCUCGGCCAUAUGCCCGGCACUGCCAGAAGGAGCGCACUGCCAUGA